CCAGCAUGCAUUGCGAUGUCUGCAGUAUAUUAUUGACAAAGAAAAAGGCUCGAGAGUAACAACAACAGGGUGGGAAGUGACGCUGAAACCGUGGUGAUAACAUUGACAUUUCUCAAGCCCUUUCAAAGUUCUUUGGGCACUGAGGCAAUGAUUGAGGACAAGUGCCACUUUCACUUAGGAGUUUACACAGCUUGAUAGUUUGUGAGAGGUGGGGGGCCAGGCAGACUGUGGACGGGGAAGGGGAAGAGCUCAGCUGGAGCCAAUGCAGCAGCAGCAUCGACAGCCUGAGCUGGUGGAAGGAAGCCUUCCCGUGUUUGUGUUUCCCACUGAGCUCGUCUUCUAUGCAGAUGAACAGACGUCUCACAAGCAGGUGCUCACCCUCUACAACCCUUAUGAGUUCGCCCUCAAGUUCAAAGUGCUGUGCACAGCGCCAAACAAGUACACUGUGGUUGAUGCCACCGGAGCUGUCAAGCCACAGUGCUGUGUUGACAUAGUUAUCAGACACAGAGAUGUGCGAGCAUGUCAUUAUGGGGUGUACGACAAGUUCCGUCUACAGGUGUCCGAGCAGAGUCAACGGAAAGCUCUGGGUCGCAAAGAGGUGACGGCCACACUCCGUCCCUCUGCAUCACAGGAGCCACCGAGCCCUCGACCCCAAGAGGAGGAACGCAGAAUCAAAGAGCAAUUUGCAGAUAGCGAGUUUUUUGAACAGACUGCAUUUCAGACAGAGAGCCGUCCUGUUGCUGGAGGCCCCAGUCUGCUGACAGUGCUGCUUGGCCUGGUAUGUAUGGCCGCCCUGAUGCUCCCAACCCUGGGGGAGCAAGAAUCUACUGUGCCUGUCUACCUCCACUUAAGCGUUAACAAGAAACUUGUAGCUGCUUAUGUUCUUGGUCUUCUUACAAUGGUCAUCUUACGCACUUGAAAUGCUGAGAGAAGAAUGGAAAAUGAUCAAAAGGGGAAGACAACAUUCUCACAUCAGAGGCACUACUCUACGAGUACAGCUGGCAAUAGUGGGAUGGGGUACCCGUUCAAUUUACACCUUCCCCUGACAACUUCAUAUUAGUAUACUUUAUUUCAAAUCCACAUAAUUGUGUUGUUACUUACACAUACUGACUUGUUGCAUACAACAGAGACCUCUGGUGUUGCUCAAAGGUUUGGUAGAGUGAGAGGAGCUGCGGCAUGUGAAGAAAGAUGUGGCCACCUUAAGUGUAUUUUGGCCUCAUAAUCUCCAUGGUUGUAUUUUUUGUUGCCAUUAUGUAACAGAUACGUUUACCUAAGUGUGAAGGAUACAUGCAAAUAUGAUACAUGUGUAUAAAGCCAUUAAACUUUUGUUAUGGUAUUAACCUGUAACAUCACUAUUUUAAGUUUUAAAGCAUUUUAAGUGACUGACAGCUGCAUGUUUGGAGAGACCUUAUCUGAAUGCUUUUUUUUUAGUUUUACAAGAAUAAGAUUCUUUUUCAUGUCACCGAAGGUAAAAUCUUCUUUUGAAGACAAUGCUCUGUUUGCUGUUUUAUUUAAAAUAAGCCCCAAAGAAAAAGAUAAGCACUCAGUCAAGACACCACACAAGCACACACACAUUCGUCCCCAUGCUUUUAACCUAUUGAUUUUUUAUACUCCACCCCAUGGCUCUUAGUGGUCUGUACCCCCAAAAAAGCAUUACCCACUUAAACAGACCCAGGUUUUGUACAUGCCAGCUCCAAGUGUUAUGAAAUCUAAACAUCCCAACUCUAUCAGACAAACCCUAACUUUCCAUCCCCCCAUUCAGCUUCUAUUGCCAGAUCUGCAAAUCUAAGCUUUUCCCUUUCAUAUACUUUCUCAGUUUAGUCCUUCCAGGUCAUUUUCCAUUUGUUAAUACUAUUUGCUAAUUAACAGACAACAACACCAGGCCUCAAGCUUAAGCAAGCAAUUUUAUUUGAAAUGAGUUUUCCUUCCAAAUCUACUUGCAUCAAUGAAUCACUAGGUAGCCUGACUCUUGCCUGCUUAGAAAACCGUCUCCCUCAUAUUCCACCCUGGCUGAAAAAUUGUUGGGCUGCACUCUUUUCUGACUACCCAAAUUCACAGGUUGUCUUCUACCUUUAACCCCUGCUACUGAUCUAAUCAAAUGUGGCUAUGGCAUCACACACACUCUUACAACACACUAAUCCUUCAGCCUGACAGAAUGAGCAUCAAAGUUGCCAUCUUUCAACACAAUAGGUAAGAGGGGUACCCCAGUUACCCAAACAUUUUAGGUUCUGGGGGCUAUAAGGUAUUUAAAAUAAUAAUCCUCAUGUUCCCCAGGUCCCUCCAGCUAAGCUUAGUCUCCCCUACACUUUCCCACAGUUAACUCAACAUCCCUGCUUACCCUAAGCCACGCCUUCAUCCACCUAAAUACUACCUCUUGUUGAUGUACAUGCGUCUUUUAUAGCUUUGAACCUGCUUUUUUCCACAGUGGUUUGCCCUAAGCCUUCCCGGCCAUUUUGUUAUGUGUAUGUUAUCUACAUUUACUGUAUGUCUAAGAACCUGCCUUUGUCUCAAGUACUGUGUUUUUGAUUGCACUUCCUCCAACAGCUGGAUUUGGGACCAUCUAAUCAGUUCUCUACCCUAAACUUUACACACUUGAACUCUGUUUUACUAGUUCUUUUUCUCAACAAAUUAUCAGUACUUCAUAAACUGGCAGUGGUUACAUUCAGCAUCCCCAGGAGUGCCCGCAUUUCAAUAUUCUUGGUUCCUCUGCAACAACUUAAAAAAAAAAAAAAAAAAAUUCUAUAUGGCUGUCAUAAUGAUCCCCAUUACAACCAUGUGAUGUCAGGCUUGAAACUGAAAAUAUGAUUUGUCAGUGCUUGUUUACCACUGUCCUGGGCCCCUUGAUACAGUGUUUGAAUUAGAUUUCCUAAAUAUGUCUUGUGCUGUAGAAAGGAAAAAAAAAACUUCCUGGAAUAUUCAGCUCCACAGGAAAAUUAGAGAAAUAAUUUAUUUCAUCCUGAUGUCCGCCAUAAUUGCAAUCAAACACCACAAGCAUAUGCAUGUUGUUAUCAGGCUUGAACGAUUAUAGCCUUUCCAUCAGACAUAAAGUAUAUUGGCUUAAUUCAUGCCCUGAUCACUUUACAAGAAUAACUUGACAAAAAUAUCUUGUCAACAGCAGGUCAAGCAGACCAUUUCCCAUUUUCUUAUUUGUAGAAAGGAAAAGACAUUCAAUAAAUGAACUGCAACCACACAUUUAAAUUAAAGGGUACACUU